GAGGCCCUGCAGCAGAAGAAGAGGCGGACUCCACCGCUGCUGUGGUUCGUCAGAUCCGCAUCGACCCGCUCCGAUGGCGCCUGGCCGGCUGGAGGUGUACCUGGACCUGCUGUCGCAGCCCUGCCGGGCCGUGCAGAUCCUGCUGACCCGCACCGGGAUCCCGCAUAAGGUCUGCGCCGUGGCGCUGCGCAAAGGAGAACACAGGACCCCAGAGUUCACCAAACUGAACCCCAUGCAGAAGGUUCCCGUCAUGGUGGACAACGGCUUUGUGCUCACAGAGAGUGACGCCAUCCUGAAGUACCUGACCACAAAACCGGGCGUUCCUGAGCACUGGUAUCCGCCUCAGCCGGACCGCAGAGCUCGCGUGGACGAGUACGCCGCGUGGCAUCACACCAACACGCGCCCGCACGCUGCCAAAGUCUUCCUCCUGGAGGUGCUGUUCCCGAUGCAGACCGGCUCUCCGGUGGACGAGGCGCGGCUGCAGCGCGCGCUCUCGGAGCUGGACGGCACCCUGGAUAAGCUGGAGUCCAUGUUUCUCCGCCGUCAGCCGUUCCUAUGCGGCGAUGACAUCACCAUUGCAGAUCUGCUCGCAGUCUGCGAGAUCAUGCAGCCUCUCGGGGGAGGGCGGGACAUCCUUAAGGACCGCCCACUUCUGCAGCGCUGGAAGAGCCGCGUCCAGUCGGCUGUCGGCGAGGCUUUUGAUGAGGCUCACUCAGUGCUGUAUGCCCUCAGGGACCGCCGCAAAGCCAAGCUGUGAUGUCAUUAAGAGGCGGAGUCAGCAGAGGUUUCAAAUCUUCGCUGCUGCACGAGGAAGAGGAGCUUAAUUUGAGUGUUGUAAUAAACUCUUAAUCAAUAAUCUGAGGUCCAGAAAAAGCUUUAACCACCCUUAAAACACCUGUGGUGUGAUGUCACUGAACACCUGCAGAGGCCUUUGUCGUCGCAUCAGAACUGAUCUGAUUGGUUCGUUCUGGUGAGGGUUAGCAUUUCAAUCCCGAUUCAUUCAGACUUUGAUGCACUUUAACGUUUUGUAAUGAAAAAAUAAAUAAAACUAAUGUUAUUUUCUCAA